CAGGUCUGCAGCCGGUACCGCCACGCGGUCCACCUGAGCCUCGGCGGUCUCAUAGGACAGAUGGACGCCAAGAGCGAGUCAUGUUUGAUAAAAUCACCUCCCGUAUCCAGAAGCUUUGCUACGGACUGAACUCUGAGUUUGUGGACCCAGCUCAGAUCACCAUGAAGGUGAUCCAGGGUUUGUACAGUGGAGUCACUACCGUGGAGCUCGACACGCUGGCGGCCGAGAUCGCCGCCACGCUGACGACUAAACACCCCGACUACGCCAUUCUCGCCGCGAGGAUCGCCGUCUCAAACCUGCACAAAGAGACCAAGAAAGUGUUCAGCGACGUGAUGGAAGACCUGCACGCAUACAUAAACCCUCUGAACAAACGCCACUCCCCCAUGAUCUCCAAAGACACGCUCGACAUCGUUCUGGAGAACAAAGACCGCCUCAAUUCGGCCAUAAUUUACGAUCGAGAUUUCUCCUACAACUUCUUCGGGUUCAAGACUCUGGAGCGCUCCUACCUGUUGAAGAUCAACGGCAAGGUGGCCGAGCGCCCGCAGCACAUGCUCAUGAGGGUGUCUGUUGGGAUCCAUGGGACGGAUAUCAACGCUGCCAUCGAGACGUACAACCUGCUGUCAGAGAAGUGGUUCACCCACGCCUCUCCGACCCUCUUCAACGCUGGAACCAAUCGGCCACAGCUGUCCAGCUGCUUCUUGCUCGCCAUGAAAGAUGACAGCAUUGAAGGCAUUUAUGACACCCUGAAGCAGUGCGCCCUCAUUUCCAAAUCGGCUGGAGGCAUAGGCGUAGCCGUCAGCUGCAUCAGAUCAACUGGGAGCUACAUCGCCGGCACCAAUGGGAACUCGAACGGGCUGGUCCCCAUGCUGAGAGUUUACAACAAUACUGCUCGCUACGUUGAUCAAGGCGGCAACAAAAGACCCGGAGCCUUCGCCAUGUAUUUGGAGCCGUGGCACUUCGAUGUGUUUGACUUCCUGGAGCUGAAGAAGAACACGGGGAAAGAGGAGCAGAGAGCCAGAGACCUCUUCUACGCCCUGUGGAUCCCUGACCUGUUCAUGAAGCGGGUGGAGAGCAACCAAGACUGGUCUCUGAUGUGUCCCAACGAGUGUCCGGGGCUUGACGAGUGCUGGGGGGAGGAGUUUGAGAAGCUUUACAUUGCGUAUGAAAAGGAGGGGAGGGUGAAGCGUGUGGUGAAAGCUCAGCAGCUUUGGUACGCUAUCAUCGAGUCCCAGACGGAGACUGGAACGCCGUACAUGUUGUACAAAGACGCAUGCAACCGGAAGAGCAACCAGCAGAACCUGGGCACCAUUAAAUGCAGCAACCUGUGCACGGAAGUCGUGGAGUACACCAGCAAAGACGAGGUGGCUGUUUGUAAUCUGGCCUCCAUCGCUCUCAACAUGUACGUCACACCAGAGCAGACUUUUGACUUUAAAAAACUGGCAUCUGUGACCAAAGUGAUCGUCAAAAACCUGAACAAGAUCAUUGAAAUCAACUAUUACCCGGUUCCUGAAGCCGAGACGUCUAACAAGCGCCACAGGCCAAUAGGAAUUGGAGUCCAGGGUUUAGCAGAUGCCUUCAUCUUGAUGCGUUACCCGUUUGAAAGCCCUGAGGCUCAGCUGCUCAACAUCCAGAUGUUUGAGACCAUCUACUACGCUGCUUUGGAGGCGAGCUGUGAGCUAGCGGCCGAGCUCGGCCCCUACGAGACCUACGAAGGCUCCCCCGUCAGCAGGGGCGUCCUGCAGUACGACAUGUGGGACAAGACGCCGACGGACCUGUGGGACUGGAAGCUGCUGAAGGAGAAGAUCGCCAGACACGGUGUGAGGAACUGCCUGCUGCUGGCGCCAAUGCCCACGGCCUCCACCGCCCAGAUCCUGGGCAACAACGAGUCCAUCGAAGCCUACACCAGCAACAUCUACACCCGCAGGGUCCUCUCCGGAGAGUUCCAGAUCGUCAACCCCCAUCUGCUCAAAGACCUGACGGAGAGGGGCCUGUGGAGCGAGGAGAUGAAGAACAAGCUGAUCGCCAACAAUGGAUCCAUUCAGGACAUCAGUGAGAUCCCAGCUGAUUUGAAACAGCUGUAUAAAACCGUCUGGGAAAUCUCCCAAAAGACCGUUCUAAAGAUGGCUGCCGACCGCGGCGCCUACAUCGACCAGAGCCAGUCUCUUAACAUCCACAUCGCCGAGCCAAACUACGGAAAACUGACCAGCAUGCACUUCUACGGCUGGAAACAGGGCUUGAAGACGGGCAUGUACUACCUGAGGACAAAACCCGCCGCUAACCCCAUCCAGUUCACCCUGAACAAGGAGAAGCUGAAGGAGGCGCAGCCAAACAAGGCCUCCGAGCAGGAGAUCAAGGAGAGGAACAAAGCUGCCAUGGUGUGUUCGCUGGAGAACAGAGACGAGUGCCUCGCCUGCGGAUCUUAACCUCCAUCACCUGUUGGCUGAAGACGUGCCUGAUGUUCGAAUCCUCCCAGAACUGUUCAUACUUGACCUGUUUUUAUGCCCGUUCAGAAAGAAUUUAGCUGAACAUUAACUCGCUAACAUCAAA